AUGAAACUGGAAAAACAACAGUUGGAAUCUCAGGUGCCAGCGAACAACCCACCGGACACCUCAAAUGCAGUUUUGGGCCAGGAUGGCGGUGUUGGACUUAGUCUGUCUGAAAUUAAUACGAUGCUAGAAAAUGUGAGAGUCAGAUUAACCGAAGAAGUCAAUGAACAUAUCGUGGCGAUUUCAAAUCUAUCCCACGAGAAUGAACAAUUGAGACACGAAAAUUCAACUCUCAAAAUGCUAUACGACGAGAACAUCAUAGAGGUUGACACAUUGGCAAUGAUAAGUGCUGCCUUAUCAUUAACUGAUCAUAACACCAACCAACAACCGACAGAAGAAAUAGCAUUGGAAAGUGAGCUGCAAGAUACCGACUGUGUCAUUUGUCAUGAAGAAAUGCGUCUUAAAAAUGCAAUACAUGUCGCAGAAGGUUUCAUAAAAGUUGUGUCGACAGAUGGGUUAGCCAAAAGUUCACAUGCCCAACAUGUCGCUCCACAAUGCAUACCUAAAUCCCGUACUUUUUCUACGUACUGUUUAAAAAAGAAAUGUUAAUCAAUAAAUUCUAAUACAUGCACGUGGUGUCAUGCUGUCCCAUAGCUCCACUUCACGAAAAUUCGUGCUUGAACUAAAAAACAAUUAUUCGAAAUGCGCUGUAACUUCACAAAAUAAAAAAAAUUUCGCGCAUUUUGUGUGCAGUGUAGCGAUGGGACAGCCUGACACC